AUGUGUGUAUUAGUUGUGAACAAUAUAUUAUUCGAAAAGGUGUCUCGCGUAUCUAGAACCUGGCGACAAAUUAUCCAUAAUCCAACAUUCUGGAAGAAUAAGUUGACCCAUGAUAGAAUAGAUAUUCCUAGAAACAUUCUCUUAAACCCGGAGCUAGGUUGGCGAUUCUAUGCUUCAUUGUCUCGAUGUAAUCAUUACGAAACAAACUUGAUACAGAACGGUUGUGGAGAGGAAGUAGAGGUCUUAACAAUCCAUCAAGCGAUAGAAUUAGAAAAUAAUGCCGAGGACUUGGACUCACCCUGGCCUGACUAUCCUCAUUGGACGGUCUUAUCUUCAGGUGGACAGGGGUGGACCCUGGAAAUGCUUGGAAAUGACACAAAUCUAAAAGGCUUGACGCGGAAUGCCUGUUUUUCUACUUCCUAUAAUUCCUGCACUAAGGAACAGAUUGUUCAUCUAUGUUUUCCGUCUCGGAUCCUUGAUCAGUUCCAACCGGAUAUCCGGAUAUCAGACUGGUACACCAAGUCCCCGGGUCACGGAGCAAUCUAUGAACUCAAUGUAUGUAUCCUCGAUGGUUGUGGAAAUGUUCUGGGCAAGCAUUUCAGUUUUAGGGAAAAUAUUGACCGAACCGAAGAUGACCGUUGGCGGAGAAUAUCUCACACCUUCUCCCGCUAUGGUGUCGGAGCUCGCUACGUCAAGUUCUACCACGGCGGAAUGACCCAGGAUAUGGAUAUGGAGGAGGGUUGGUACGGCGCCAAGAUGACCGGAAGUACGGUCCAGGUCAGCUAUCCGGACACCCAAGUCACGCAGCAGCUGUUCAAGUGCACUUGCAGAAGAGGUCACGCAAGGUUGAGGGAUUAAACUGAGAGAAAACGCUCAUUUUUGUAUCGACUUUAUUCCCAUCCUUGCAUACACAAGAAGAUUUGCAUAUCCUAUUCCUGGCCUUGGACGGAAUAAUAGAUUUAUUUUGAAAUGUGUCAACUGUAAAUGGAUGAAUUAUGAUUUUAAUCCGAUCAUUUAAUUUGAGAAAAAAACCAUCCGAAAUAGUUCUGUGAUCGAAUUUAAUGAUGUUGAACUAGGUUGCUGAAUAACCAUCGCUGGUUCAAAUCCUGAAUCACCGAUUUAAAAAGAAGAAUUUGAGGAUAAGGAGUUAAAUCUGUGAUUUUAAAUAUUUAGGAUUCUAACGACUGUAGAAGGUUCAGCGACCUCCCCAAUUCAUUAAUUUUGAUCUUCGAAAAUGUUCUUAUCUCAAAAAUGUUUCGUUAACAACCAAAAUUCCAGUUUUCUCAUCUUCAUUUUUGGAUCCAUUGUGAAUAUCUUUUCUAAAUUUAUCGUGAUCAAACAUUGGAUUUGACUCUUAUUUUGCCGACACAUUUCAAAAUUAACGGACAAUCCCUUUAGAUUCCCGCCUACCCUUUCCUUCUCUGCCGAUAGCUUCUUCCAAGUUAUUUAACUUUCACAUUUGCGAAAUAUUUUGCACAAAUCAUAUCAUUUUCAGACAUUGGUCUCGAACACUCCAUAUUCUUCUUGCCUUGGAUAUAAAUCAAUAGUUGAAGAAAAUAUAUAUUUGUAUUUAUAUACAUUUACAUACAUUACUUUACAUAAUUGUUAUGUAACGGUGCCUUUAUUGUUGUAAGUUCUAUUACUCUGUGGUCCACUUGUUUACAUGCAGUACAUUACUUGUUGUACAUUUCUUUAUUCUGUUCAGUGUACAACUCAAUUUGUAAAUUGUACAAUCAUCAUUUUUUUUAAAAAAGCUGGAUAUUUUCUAUAAACUCGCCAGGAGUCAAACUAGUUUUGAUAAUACGUUUAUGAAAAUUUUGGCGCUUGUCGCCACUGCCUAAACUUCCCUUAACUGUAUUUUUUAAGUGAAGAACGCACAUUGAUAAAUUAAUAAUAAAUUAAAGCAGGUUGGCAUUGACCCACCAACUCUAUAA